ACAGGCCUAGAAGAAGAUAGAACCAUGGUUCAGGAAAUAACCCUGUCUCCACUCUUAGGAGACCCUGCAUUAGGGCCAUCACAGAGGCAUUCUAUGAGCCCAUCGCAGAGGCAUUCUAGAGAAAUCCCCGUCCCCCAAAGGAGUAGACAUAAGGGCUGCCAGCGAGUCUGGCUCUGUAGAGAGAACUUCGAGUCUCCUUUCAGUAGGGGAGGAAGGAGAAGGCCCUGCAUAAGCACAGAGUGAUUCAAGAUAUGAAGAACUUGAUUUCUUGCUUCCCUGGUCCCUGGAGCUUGGUCACUUCACCUUAGACUGCAAAUCCAAAUUUCACUUUUGAAGUUAAGGAGGAACUCUCAAAUUCAAACAGUGUAUUGAACAAACUCAAGAGUCAGUGCCUCCUUAAAUUUUAUCUUAGGCUCCACACCUGCCUCAUUGCUAGUCUCCACUCUGCCUAGAUUUAUCCUGCACCCACUUCCUCCUACAGCAUUUCCCCAGCAGGCCCAGGAAGUUUCUGCUAUGUUGCUGUGGGCUGCACUCGGCAUCCUGGUCUGGGGCGCUGGCUCUGUCUUCCUUAUUCCGGUCCUCUUCAACUACACGUGCAGCUCUGAUGGAAGUCUCAUCCCUGGGACCUCCAGUGCUGCUCCACAGAUCUGACUGGGAAAACAGCCAUAGUGACUGGGGCCAACAGUAGUGAGUGCUCCUCCCACCCUGAAUCCUCACUGUGGGCCUCGGCCUCCAACAACUCUCACAGGGAAGGCAGGGAGGAGCAUCCACUAUCAACACCCUUGUCCCUCCCCCAGAGUGUCCCUUGUUCACUGUAGUCACCACCCAGCCAAAGUUGUCCUCCCACAGGCAUCGGGAAGGUUGUAUCCCAGGACCUAGCUCGGUGUGGGGCCCAAGUGAUCCUUACUUGUCAGAGUAGGGAAUGUGGACAGCAAGCCCUGGCUGAGAUCCAAGCAGCCUCAAACAGCAACCGCCUCCUGCUUGGCGAGGUGGACCUUAGCUCCAUGACUUCUAUUCGGAGCUUUGCCCGGAGGCUUCUGCAGGAGAAUCCUGAGAUACAUCUGCUGGUAAACAAUGCUGGAGUCAGUGGAUUCCCCAAGACACUUACCCCAGAGGGCCUGGAUCUCACCUUUGUCACUAACUAUGUUGGGCCCUUUCUGCUCACAAACCUACUCCAAGGGGCCCUACAACGGGCAGGGCCAGCCCCAGUGGUGAAUGUGUCUUCCAUUCGGCAUGCACAUGGGUACAUUGAUGAGGGGCACCUGACAGGCUGGAGGCCCUUUGACCUUUAACCAAAACUAUGACUGCAGCAAACUGCUAUUGACUUCAUUCACUGGAGAGCUUGCCCAGAGACUUCAA